AUGCGCUUCACAUUCGCCUUCACUGCCCUGGCGGCUCACAGCGCCCUCGCGGUCCCCGCAAAGCCUUCUGGACGGGGCUUUGGGUGCGGUGCCCCUGAGCCGGAUGCCGAGCACAUCAAGAUCUCCCAGAAGUUUGCCGAGAAGGAGGCUGCUUUUGCCGCUUCGGGCAACUUUUCCAUCCAGGCCGUCACCACUGUCGACACUUACUUUCAUGUCGUUGCCUCGUCGACCUCCCUGAGCGGCGGCUACCUCACUGACGCCAUGCUCACGGCCCAACUCAACGCCCUCAACGAGGCCUAUGCGCCGCACUCGAUCCAGUUCGCGCUUAAGGGCACGACGCGCACGGUCAACGCCAACUGGGCGGCCGACGGCAACGGCUACGAGAUGACCAUGAAGCGAUCGCUGCGCAAGGGCACCUACAGCAGCCUCAACGUCUACUUUCUGCGCGACAUGGGCGACAACCUCGGGUACUGCUACUUCCCCGAGGCCGGCGGCGCCACGGCGGGCUCGACCGUCCGCAUCCGCGACGGCUGCACCGUCCUGUACAGCACCGUGCCCGGCGGCAGCACCACCAACUUCAACCUGGGUGGCACCACGACGCACGAGGUCGGUCACUGGCUCGGCCUGUACCAUACCUUCCAGGGCGGCUGCACGGGCUCGGGCGACUCCGUCUCGGAUACGCCCGCCCAGGCGAGCGCUUCCAGCGGGUGCCCGGUCGGGAGAGACUCGUGCCCCAACGCGGCGGGCGUGGACCCGAUUCAUAACUAUAUGGACUACUCGUACGACUCUUGCUAUGAGGAGUUCACUGCCGGCCAGAGGGCGCGCAUGCAGAGCUUCUGGAACACCUACCGUGCUGGCAAGUAA